GGAAUAAUAUUGUUUAAAAUUGCAUGUUAGUAACUUCUAAGUAACUCUGAACGACAUAAGAUAAACUGGAGUUACAUAUGAGUUGAAAGGUGUCAACCUGUUUUCUUUACUUAACUUCAUUGAAUUCUGUACAAUCGUGGUCCAGCAAACUGCUUUUUCAGUUUUUGAAAUCACCUCUGCAUUUACUGUGAUUGCAAAACCAUGCUUUCCUCGAAGAUGCAGAGAUCAGAUAUGGAUACAUCUGGCCAUGGUCAUCAGCACAGUGCAGGAUUUGGAGCAACAACAAAGCCAAGUGGAACAACGGAAUAUGUGACGUCGUCAAGAGACACUCUGAGAAGUAUUGCUGUUGCUUUUGAUACAACAACUACAAGAUUAAUGAAAUUGAACAGAAUGUCUUCUCUUACUGUUUUCCCUGGUCAGACAUUAUUUGUUCCAUCAAAUGAUAGUGACACUCACUCGCCAUCACCCCCAGCUGAUUGUGAUGAAACAAGCACAACGCCACCGAAGUCUGACAGUACUUGGGAUUCCUUUACAGGAGAUUUCUCAUUCUUGUCUCCUUUGUCUCCAUCAACAUCUGCUUUGAGACCUUUCAAAGAUUUAGUGAUGGUGUCUUCAAAAGUGGAUACAACAAAUUCUACAGAUGCAAACAAGAAUGAGGUUGACAAUUACAAGAAAUCAAACGGGUCUGAUAAAAGAAAAGCGUUCAAGGCAAAUAAACGAGAUGGUGCCAUUGAAAGAGAAGAUCUCACUCGAAGUUUGUCUCACAACAGCACAUCAGCCGAUCGUCAACGUGUUAUGUCAGGAGAAUCUGUCGAAUCGGAACCUUUUGAAGAAGGUUUUUUGAAAAUGAAAGUACAUUAUAUCACACACACAAAGGAAAUGGUACAAGGAGUGAUGUUGGUAACGCCAACAGCUCUUAUGUUUGAUCCUGAACCAGACGAUCCUGUUGCUUUGAGAGAUGGUUGUACUGAGUAUGGCAUCAUGUGUCCAAUGCAUCUCAUCAAUACCAUUGCUAUGUAUAAUGAUACUAGCAGGAUGACACCUUCAAGCACAAUGUCACCACUAGUUGAACCAUCCACCGAAACCGAAACGAAAGAGAUCCGAUCCGACAGUCACUCAUCCAUGUCAAGUGACACUACUACGGAAGCGGAAGCAGAAAUCAGUGAUGCUAUCGAGGACGAUGAUCUACCAGAUAUUCCGCUAGAAGUAGAAAAUCAGGCUUCUUGUACAAACAGCAAACCAAAAUCAACGUGGAGUCCUGUUCACGAAAGUACCCUAUAUGAAGUAAAAGGACCUGUACCUGGCUCUGCAAAAGUUGCAUAUUCUUCUAAAUCCGAAAACAAAAUAGAAACUUCAAAUUCUGACAAUAUAAACUCUGAAGAUAAUAAUACCUCAAAUUUCUUCACCACAAAUGAAGCACAACAUAACACCAAAGAUGAAUUUAAAUUGGAAAAUGAAUUUCCAUUUCUUCAUGCAGUUGUAAAGACAGUAGGAGAAUAUUUACCAAGUCUUGAAGAUUCAAAUAAACAAUCUACAAGUAGACCUAACAGCAAUCACAUGUUUCUAUGUAUUCGUGCUCGACGUCCAAUGAUGAAAACAUUUUCAAUAUCAGAGGACGAUGAGUUAUCAACGUUAUCUUGUGUAGACAAAACUGAAGAUAAUCGAUUGCCAGAAUAUUGGUUUCAAGUUCCAAGGAAAAGGUCAGAUCAUCUCUACGCUUUCUUUUUGCAAUGGUCGCCUGAAAAUAAUCCGGACGAUGCUGCUCUGCAACUUGGAUUUAUUAUAAUGGAAGAUGAACCUUAUGUUGAAGACACUACAGAUGCGAAUGACAAUAAAAAAAGAAUCAGAUCGUUUACAAAUUCAUCUCUUGAUUUUGUGGAAGAUUUCUUCGAUGAAUCAUACUCGUUCGAAAAAGAAUGGGAGAUUAUCAGUAUUCAAGAAGCAAAGAGAAGAUCAGUUUCUACCAAUGCAAUAGAACUUGCAGAAGCAGAUGAUUCAUUGGUUCCAGAACUUGAAAAACCAAGCAAUUUAUUGGAUGAUGCUAUGUUGUUAUCGUUGUGCAAAAGUCUUCCAAACAGAUGCGUAGGAUACUCAUGGUCACCAGUCUAUACCACAUACGAUCAUGGAACAAGUUUAAGGACACUCUACAGAAAUUUAUCAAAUUUUGAUGCUCCUGUGGUUCUCGUUGUACAAGACUCCAAUGAUCAUAUAUUUGGAGCAUUAUGUUCAAAUUCUCUCCACGUUAGUGACCAUUAUUACGGCACUGGUGAAUCAUUUUUAUUCAAAGCAUCUCCACAGUUUGAAGUUUACAAAUGGACUGGAGACAACAGUUUCUUCAUAAAAGGCAACACUGAUUCAUUUACAAUAGGAGGCGGAAAGGGAACAUUCGGUCUCUGGCUGGACUCUGAUUUAUACCGGGGUUGUAGUCACCCGUGCGACACAUUUAAAAAUAAAGUUUUAUCAUCAGAAGAAGAUUUUAUAAUACAAACUGUUGAGGUUUGGAUGAUAAAAGACAUCUGAGCGUCAUUCAUUCGAAUUUUGCUGGCGUUAUUUGAAUCACUGUGUUAAGCUUUCUUUUUCUGAGGCUCAACUUGAGGAAUUCAGAGGGUGAGGAGCCACAGUAGCUUGUUUAGAAGAGUUGUCACGUCGAGAAGCACUCUAUCAUGGUUGCAUAAUAUCUGAAGAAGAUGUAUCAAAUUGCUUUUGAAAAUAUAGAAAAGCAAAAUAAAAAAUUGCAAUAAUACCUGAUAGCCAUUUUUGGGGGGAAUAGAACUGUAUAAUUGCUAAUUGCUCGGCGUCCCCUUGCACUUUGCCAAGGUUCGAUAUCAUGUUAAUAGCAUUUUUGGUUAUCGUCUUUGAAAUAGAAAAAACAACACUUUUUGAAACCUUGUUUUUGUUUGAAUUUUUUGACUGUGCUGUACAAUUAUUUGAAAUUUAUUCAAAAUUACCACUGAAAUAUAAAUUUUUCAUCACAUAUUUUCAUUCCGGUCACUGAUUAAUACAGCAAUAUCAUCAAUCUUUAUGGGCAGUCAGACCAAUUCCUGAGAAAAUGAGAAAAAGAAACAACUGAAUAAAAAUUUUUGUUCUGAUUCUGGAAAAAAAGAUCGUAAAAUUAUCGAAAUAGUUUUGUAAUAUCUCAAAUCUGAUGUUUGUCUGAUGUAUUUAUUUAUAAAAAAAAUUGGAUUAAUUGCAGAAAAUUUGGCUAACAGUUUGAAAAUGUUCCGAUUCAGAAGCUUUAUUUUAGCUUUUUUCAUUUCUUGAAGGCAAAUAUAUGACAAUAAUAUUUUUUUUGAUGGCAUGACAGUGUAUAUCUUGAAUCAUAUUAUUGAUCAAAUCAUGUUUCAGAGAAGUCAACUAAAAUGCUUGCUAUGCUAAGCGCCAAUACAAAUAGUGAUGAUAUUCUCCAUCUUCAGGUAGGGACAUCUAUCUGACCACAGCCGGCCACAUCGCUUGUGUUCAUUCAUUAUUGUUAUAUUUUCACUGUUAAUUUCAAUCUGUAUGUUUUUUUAUUUGCUUGCUCAAAAUUUUUCGGUUAUCUUUGAAAUUUAAAAUGGCGUUUUAGGGGCUCAGAGAUACACAAAUAGCUUAUUACCAUACUUAGAAUUGACCACAAAUUUUCAUUUAUGUAUGUAUUCUAAAUACAUAUGACCAAGUUCAUUUAAAUAGAAAAAUAAUAUAAGUUUGUCCCAUCAAAUAUCCAAAUUUUACUCCAAUUACAUUCGGCAUAAGUUAUAACUUUGCCUUGAAUGAUACUCAUUGAGGAGAUGUACCCUGUUCACAACUGAAGACUGUUGAAUCAAAUUCAUAUUUUAGUCAUAUCAAGCCUUUGGUGGUCAUAUAACUAUAUGUUUUCUACAUGUUCCUUUGAAAUUAGUUAUGUCUGUACUAUUGCUUGUGAUAGAAUGACAAUUUUUUCGCCACAACAGUUAAUUUGUCCAAAUUCAGAAUUUCCUAUACUGUCAUAAGUGUAUGAAGCUGACAUUAUUUUUAUCACAAGUUCUGGUAUAACAGCGAUUUAUUUCUAGCCUAUGCACCAUUUAUUUGGUUGCUAUGCGACUCGUUGUUUGUGAACAUAAGUUCUGUAAUCUAUCCAUUAGGGCUUUGUGUACCAAAUCUCACUUACGCAAGUUGAAGUAUGCAUGAAUGUGUUUUGAAGCAGGAUCCAACCAUCCCAUAAAAACUUUUGUCGUUUUUGUCUCAUUAGAAAAAUUAUUUAAUUAUGUUAGUUACCAACCUGGCCUCAAUGGUGUGCAAUUGUUGUAGUUUUCUAGAGCCUGUCAAGUCAAGCAUGGGUUAUAUCAACUAAGUUUUACAUUCAUUUUUAUAUAUGACAGUAGUUCUCAUGCUCUGGAAAGGGCGCUACAGAAGUUGUGUGUACCAAUAUGGGGGUAACUAAUUUCGUUUGCCUACUUUGCAUAAGUUGUAUAAAGGGACUGAAACCUAACACGAGAAGUUAUGGCCUAAUCUGGUACACACACUACGGAAGUUCCCUGGAAAGGGCAAUUCAUUAUAUUACCAGGUAAUAUAGCUAAAAGUGCAAUAAUUCUGCUAUGAACAAACUGCAAUGCAAUCUCAAAUGUAAAGCUGCAUAUUAGCCUGGUAGUAUUCUCUAUAAUUUGUUAUGCGUUAUGUCACAUUCUUACUUUACUUUUUCUAAUAAAGCUUCAUCUAUAUGCUUUAUUUAUAGGUCACACCAUCAAAAAUUAGCCAUAGCAUAGAUCUCCAGAUUUUUAAAUGUGCCAUUCUAUGUCUUUUACUCAAUUUUUUUCGAAGCAUAUUCCGAAUAUGGUUAUCCCACUUGUAGGACUUGUCACAUGCAAAAUGACCAGUAUGAUAUUUGCUGAUUGGAGAAUAUUAAUAAUUCUGAUGCAAAUGAUCAUAAAGUGUCAUGAUAUUAAUAAGCAUUAACUCUUCAACAAUUGGCAAUAUUUUACACGUUUCGCAAAUGUGUUUUACUUGAAUGGAAAAUGCCCCAAGCCAUUUUAUGUUCAUAAAUGCUGUCAUAAUUACCAUCACCCUUGACUGUUUUGGCCAGUCCUGAUAGCAGAAUAUAUUCAUAUGAAAUGCAUGCAUUAUUUUUGACUUGUUAUUAUCUUACUACUCUACUGUCUAUGUUGGUGUUCCUGGUUGUUCAUUUUGUAUAUAAUAAAAAAAUGAAAAACACC